AUGUCUACCGAUCUGAAGCCCCUUCGCAUUGUCAUGGCCUGUGAUGAGGCUGGCCAGCCCUAUAAGGAGACUCUCAAGGCUGCCCUCGAGAAGAACCCUCUUGUCGAGUCCAUCAGUGAUGUCGGUGUCAAUUCGACCUCGGACAAGACUGCCUACCCCCAUCCCGCCGUCGCCGGUGCUAAACUUAUCAAAGAGGGCAAGGCGGACCGUGGUCUCUUCAUCUGCGGCACUGGUCUGGGCGUUGCCAUCGCUGCCAACAAAGUUCCCGGCAUCCGUGCCGUCACUGCCCACGACUCUUUCUCCGUCGAGCGCGCUAUUCUGAGCAACGAUGCCCAUGUCCUUUGCUUUGGCCAGCGUGUCAUUGGCAUCGAGCUUGCCAAGAAGCUUGCCAACGAGUGGGUAACCUACCGCUUCGACCCUAAGAGCGGUUCCGCUGCGAAGGUUCAGGCCAUCUCCGACUACGAGGCCGAGUUUGCCAAGGCUCACUGA